CACUAGACAGAUGAUUGUCAUUGUCAUGUUUUGAAAAGUAUUCACACCUCAUCUUCUCGUCGUGUUAUUUAAAUAAACAAAUUAGAUUUUAGGCUACAGUUUACAAACAAUAAUUAUCAAAAUGAAUUUUGGCGGCACGUUGAGAAUAAACAAAUUUGCGUGUUUCACUUUAGGUUUUAUAUUAUUUUUAAUAAUAUAUUGGAAAGCUGGAAGCUCUAGUGCUCCUAUGGAAAAGAGUGAUCUAAUUAACUUGAAAAGCUUGUUAAAAGCGGCUAUCCAAGCCUCAGAGUUUGGCGGACAGAAGGUUAUGGAUGGAAAGAAUCACGCUUUAAAUAUAAAAAGCAAAGGUAAAACUAAGGAGGGUGCAAAUGAUCCAGUCACGGAUGCGGAUUAUGCAUCGCAUUGCGCAAUGUACUAUGGGCUCAAAAACACGUUUCCAAAAUUGAAUGUGAUUUCUGAAGAGCAUUCGAAGAGCGAUCCAAGUUGCGAAAGUCAACCUCCCAUUGAUGUGGACAAAGUUGUGGAUGGAAAUAUAAUAGUGGACUACAUGAAUGAUGAGCUUGUGUAUGUUAAAGAUGUCACAGUUUGGAUCGACCCGCUGGACGCGACACAGGAGUACACAGAGGGACUGUACCAAUAUGUGACAACAAUGGUCUGUGUGGCCAUCCGAGGAGUGCCUAUAAUAGGAGUCAUUCACUACCCAUUCCUGCCAAAGACCUACUGGGGCUGGUACACCAAGAAACCUUCAGCUAACAUACCUGGUGUGCCCUAUAAAAGCGAGAACAAAGAACACCCCAGAGUAGUGGUAUCUCGCUCUCACCCCGGCAAAGUGCAGCAGAUAGCAAAGGAGGCCUUUGGACCCAACACAGAGGUAUUAACAGCGGCGGGAGCCGGCUACAAAGUCAUGGGCGUAGUCAACGGCACCUACGACCUGUACCUCCACGCAACGAACAUCAAGAAAUGGGACUUAUGCGCAGGAGACGCUAUCAUUAAGACAGUACACGGCAAAAUGACAACAACUAAAGGAGAAUCCAUCGAUUACUCUCUCGACAGUGACGUGAAAGUCACUGGCGGCGUCUUGGUCACCCGGUACGACCACGACUAUUACCUAAAUAAGUUACCACCGACGAUCACAGGACUGCAUUAGACUGAGUGAUGUGUUUUGACUGAAAGUACUGAAACUUAACAUUUGUAUGCUUCACCAAAUGUGUGAAGUCAAUUUUGUUAUCUCCUAGAUUUACUUAGCACAGUGUGAAACUGUUGUCAAAGAUAGUAUUAAUUUAUGAUGAUAUGAUGUCUCGUUGUAGUGUUUCUGAUUUAUUUAUUAUAUUUAUUAGAAAUCAAUUGUAUAUUCAACUAGUUUUUACCCGCGGCUUCGCCCGGGUCGAGGUCAGUUAUAUCGCGUUUCCAUGAGAACUCUUCAAAAGUCCGGGAUAAAA